GGAAACAGAUAUUUUUGCCAUCCAAUGGAGCUCUCUGUCUGUACUUGUAUGGUUGGACAAGUCUUAUCAGAUAUUUUACCACAUACCUUUCGAUCUGCUACUUUCUUCAUUGUUUGGUGUUAGGAGUAAAGAAGGAGAAGGUAAUGGGACCGGCAUCAACCCCUUUCUACUCCGUGUUCUCCUCAACAAUCCCCGCCACCGCAACCAGAAGAAGUUCCGUCCUACUCCGUCGACGCCGCCGUCUGCUUCCUUCUCUCUCAACUUCAUUUGCUUUCUCUUCUCUCUCUAAAAGAUGCAAUCUAAAUUUGUGGAGGCCAUCUGGAGAGGAUCCUUCUUACAAAAGAAUAUCCUGUAGCUUGGUGGAGGUGGAAGAUGGCGUUGAUGACGAGCAGGCAUGUGAGUUAGUCAAUGGAGUGGAGCUUUCUAUUGGGGAUGGUGCUGAUGAAAUCCAAGCUUAUCUAUUUAAGGCAGUGAAGAACAAUAAUGGAACUGGCAUACUGCUCUUGUCUGAUAUCUUUGGGUUUGAAGAUUCCUCCACCAGAGAUUUUGCAUACCGUGUUGCAUGCAACGGUUUCAAUGUCCUAGUCCCAGACUUAUUCCGUGGGAAUCCAUGGGCAAAGGACCAGCCAAAAAGUUUGUUUGAGCAAUGGAUGGCACAACUAGACCUAAAACAAGUUGAAAAAGACAUUGCCGCCUCCACCAAAUGGCUGGUUGAUGAAUUCAUGGCCGCAGGAAUUUCCAAAAAGCUUGGCGUAGUAGGGUUUUGUUUUGGAGGUGGCAGACUAAUAGACACUCUAGCCAAGGACCAAGGUGCUUGUUUCGGCCUUGGGGUAUCCUUUUACGGUACAAGGAUAGACUCAUGUGCUGCAUCUAAUGUACAGGUGCCUGUGUUGUUCAUUUCUGGGGAUUCCGACCCGCUUUGUCCAGUUAGCAUCCUACAUGAUACCGAGAAGAAUAUUGGUAAAGGUUCUAAGGCUAUAAUCUUUAAAGGUAGAGGUCACGGCUUUGCUCAUCGACCGGAAUCCCCCGAAGAAGAUAGUGAUGCGGAGGAGGCUUUUAUAAUAAUGAGAAACUGGUUACAUGAUGGGUUGGUUUUAAACAACUGAAUCCAUGAAAACUCUGUGCAGUUUUCUUGUACGUCUCCACGGAAGACAGAAGCUUGAGAGGCUUGUUGUUUGCUCCUCUAAGUUGUAGAUACGUACAUAUUGGGUGUGUAACUUCUGCAAAACAGAGUGAAAAGAAGUAAAAAGCUUGCCAUCAGACUGCGAUAAACGAUUAUUAUAGGUCAUCAUGUUUGGAACUGGUAGCAAUAGGCUUGUCUUUUCAGUGCUGAAACUUGUUCAGGGAAUAAUAUUGUUAGGGGACUCGAUUAUAUGAAUAUUCGAUUUCAAGAUGACUCAGAUAUAAUCAUAUAAGAGUAUACUGCUUAGUUCAGAGAAUAA